GACAAAGCGGUCCUGCUGUGGUAAUCAUGUUCAAAUAUAGAGUGCUUAUAGUGAGCUUGUUCUUGGCCAGCCAGCUCUACGUUGGUUGGACAGCGCCAAGUGCUCCGUUAACCAAAAUGUGUUACUACAGCAAAGAGAACGCAGGUUACGAGUGUGUUUUUGCAAACGUUCAGAUCGGUGAAUACGAGAUCGUGACGACGGAGUUCUUUGCCGCCGAUAUACGUUCGGAAAACAUUACUUCGUUAGUGUUCCAGAACUCAACCAUCUUCAAAUUGCCCAAAGUGUUGUUAUCCGCAUUUCCAAACGCUACAGUGCUCAAGAUGGAGCAUCUGCAACUGAAUACGAUAGAACAAGGAGCGUUCGAUCAGGCUCAACAGUUGGAGCAGCUAUAUCUUAACUUCAACAACAUUAGCCAGCUGGAACCGGGUGUUUUUAGUGGGUUGCAGUCGCUAUUUUUGCUAGACCUAGAUGGAAACGGUCUGUUACAAUUCCCGGCGGGAUUGUUCCCAUCGGCAUCGAAUCUAUAUUCCAUUUCGAUCAUGAACAAUCGGCUUACACGCAUAGAGGACAAUACCUUCGCGAAUGCACCCGAACUCGGGUACGUCUAUGCCUCUAGUAACAACAUCGAACACUUUGACCUGAGCCUUAUCCCCGAGGCGGUCAUGGUGAAUGUGAGCUACAACAGGCUGACGGAAGUGAAGAUUCCGACAAAGUUGAAACAUCUGUAUGCAUCCAACAAUCGGAUCAAUCGCGUCUUGUCGAAAGGAGAAAACAAACGACUGAAAGAACUCUACCUAUCGCACAACAAACUGACCGAUAUCUCCUGGGUAGCUAAGUUUCCCGAACUAAAAACCCUCGAUUUGAGGAACAACGAACUCACGGAUGUCGUUUCCGAGCAUUUUCCAGCUCAAACCAAACUGAAAACGCUAUUGCUGAAAAAUAAUCGACUGGUAACCUUCGAUCUAACGAAGGUAUCACUGGAGCAGCUUCGAGUAUUGGAUUUGUCUAACAAUCAGUUGACGUCCGUCGAGCGUAAUAGUGCGUUGUUUGAUAAAGUUCAAAAGCUUUACCUGCAAAACAAUAGCAUCAAGACGCUGAAGCUAUCGGCCAACAACAGCAUAAAGGAAAUUUGGUUGACUCACAAUGACUGGGAUUGUGCAAACCUGCGUCAGCUGCUCCAGGUGAUCGACUUCAGUGCUACUCUAGGGCAUGAUUUCUCAUGCAAACCGGGCUACACGUUGCUCACGGAAUUGUGCUGCAAGGAGCACAACAUUCGCUGAAGAAGGCGCUCGAAGCAUUGAAUUAAAGCAUUGAGGAUUGUGGCAAAUGAAAGCAUUACGGAUGAACUAAAAAAGAAUUAA